CCCUUUAAGGCCGCCCGCCGCGCCAGUCGGUGUUGUGUCGGAGACGGUCUGUCUGACGGUCUGGACCAGUCCGGCUACCAUUCGCUGCUUGACCUGCUUGGCUCAGUGGCUGGACUGAUUUCACGGAUAACAAUGGUUUUUUAUUUUUAGGGGCCUGAUAAUAACGGUGUAAACGAGUUGCUGGAUGGCAGCCAUAAAGACGUAACUGGGCCACCGGGAAGCCGUCAGCGCCAAGAAAGAAAGGAGGAUCCAUGGCAAAGUGGCUUAAGGACUACCUGAACUUAGGCAGCAGGCGUGACCCUCCUCAGCCCCCGAGGCCAGACUACAGUGAGAGUGAGAUUUUGAGGGCCUACAGGGCUCAGAAGGAGCUAGAUUUCGAGGACCCGUACCAGCACUCUGAUAAGGAGCAUCAGAAUGGUGGUUUCAGCCCCUGUAGUGCCACAGUGAGCCUUCCCUCUUUCCCUGCAUUCAGCUCAGCGCUGCCUAAUGGUGUGGAGGUAAAAGUGGUGUCGCCCAAGCACAGACUAAUCAAAGUGGACUCUCAGGAGUUUGGUCGUUGCAAAGUGCCGCUGAGUCCUGUGACUGUUCAAGAGGAACCUGUGGUCCCAUCUGCUCCUGCAGCUUUGGACGCUGACACCGACUACUCUGAUCCGUUUGAUGUCCGUCCAGACCCUAGAGGCAGAUCAAACUGGGACAACAAAUCUGCACCAACAGACUGCUGCAGCUAUAUGGAACCAUUCGAGGCCCAGCGGAUCAUCUCCGAACUGCAGCACAGCGUGAUGAUUAACAGAUCUGGGAGCGGCGAUGGGGGUCAGUUAUAUGAUAACCCGUACGAGGAGAGGAUUCGUCACCAUCACCGAUCGGCUCCAGCAGGACAACAACACACUCAGAGGGUCGAGGGUGGACUGAUGGACGGCAGGGAAAGCAGGCUGCCUCAGGAUGAUGAGAGACCGGCUGAUGAAUACGACCAGCCGUGGGAGUGGAAGAAGGACAACAUCUCUAAAGCUUUAGCAGUUCAGUUUGAAGGGGCAGAAAGGGAGCGAUCGAGAGCUCAGACAGAACAGGCCAAGCUCACCAAGACGGGCACUACAUCUUCCUCAAAUGACUCGACGACAUUGCGUCUGGUCGGUGACACUCCUCCUCUCCUGGGAGAGAGGGUGGAUCCAUUCAUGCCACUUGAGAGACAAGUGUGGUACCAUGGCACCCUGAGUCGCCCGGAGGCUGAGGCUCUGCUGACUCUGUGCAAAGAGAACUCUUACUUGGUGAGAAACAGCCAGAACGGCAAGACGGACUACUCGCUGUCACUCAGGAGCUGCAAGGGCUUCAUGCAUAUGAAGUUUACUCAGUCUGCAGACGGGCGCUACGUGCUCGGAGAGAACAGUCCGCCCUUCUCCACCAUCCCUGAGGUCAUCCACUACUACACCACACACAAGCUGCCAAUCAGAGGGGCCGAGCAUAUGUCCCUGCUGUAUCCUGUCAUAGUGCAGACCCUCUGACACGAAGACACUCGCAUACUCCUUCUCCUGGUGCUACUGAGUACAGUAUCCGCUCAAUAUUUACCUUUUUUCUGUCCCUUUCCUUUCCUUCAUGCCUUUUCUCUGCAAUUCUACCUGCACAGCUCAUAGAGAUUGGACUUUUCAGUGCCGUCUUCUUCCGUUUUCAAAACACCCCAGCGACUACCCUGGCAGCUUAAACAAUGAAGCUCAGUGCCUCAUAAAUAUUCACCUGUGAACCAGUAUCAUCACUGAAACCCCUCUGUAUUACUCCUGGAAGUCAGCGAUGAUUGAUAAAGAUGUAUAGCCGAGUAUAAAUAGGUCAAAUUUCCAACGACAUACUCGAGGUGUCUUGAGACGGUAGACUCUUCUAAGAUUUUUGCAUGGGAGAUUUGUUUCUUUUACAGUAUUGAAAAGAGAGACUGUACUGCCAGGUCAAUUUUAGGGUGUAGGGAUAUUUCAUUUUGGUUUGUGCCAAUAAACUUAGGAACUUUUAUCACUUUUUUUUUUUUUUAAGUGACCCCAAAAAAAUAAAAUGUGCUUAUUUGCCGUUGGGAUUUGAAUUAGACAUAGGAAGUAGGAAAUGCAGUUUUAAAAAAGUGCUGUUACUGCAAACAAAAGUUUUACUGUCCCUUAAGUGUUAGUUACACUGUCAACCAAACACUACAUAUUUAUCCCUGGACUUGUGUGCUUCAGAGGCCUGUGAAUGUUCCACUGUGCUGUAGCUGCGUGCCCUGCAUUGUUCUCUCUUCAGAUCACAGUAAGUUUGAACGACAUAGCGACAGUACAUCAGACACACACGGCUUGUCGGCUUCACACAGGCUCCUGCAAUACUAGAGUAGAGAGUAAUAACUGAAGUAUUCUCUUGAAAGCUCGUGGCUUUGUGAUCAUGAUUAUUAAAGAAGCUUUGGUAGAUAAUUUACUGUUAUUUACUGUUUUAUAAGAUUUUAUGUGUGUGUUGAAAAUAAAGGUGUUGUCUGUUUUUAAA